AUGGGUAGCAGCGGCGUUGCUUCUCUUGCUGCGCUGCUGCCGCAAGAUGCUGUGCGUGCAGAGCAGCAGGCGCUGCAAUGUUUGCUGCAGGAGAUAGAGGAGUGCAACAGCAGCAGCAGCAGCAGCAGCAGCAGCAGCAAACUAUCUCUUAAGGUAUACCAUCUGCAGCAGCUUGCUGCUAUAAGAGGAGCAACGUACCUGCGGCUGCAGCAGCACCCAGGGGUUGCUCGCUUAAUUAACGAAUUAACAGCAGCAGCAGCAGCAAGACCAGGAGGAGGAGGAGCAGCAGCAGCAGCAGCAAGACCAGGAGGAGGAGGAGGAGCAGCAGCAGCAGCAACAGCAACAACAAAACCAGCAUCAGCAACAGCAGCAGGAGCAGGAGGAGAAGCAGCAACAGCAACAGCAACAGCAACAGCAGCAACAGGAGAAUUAUCCCCACCGCAGCUGCAUGCGCUGCUGCGCUGCUGCAGCAAAUUAGGGUAUCGAUUUAACCCUCGAGCGGAGGCGGAGGAGAGAAUUGCGGCGAUGGAGGAACAAGCGGCUGCUGCUGGCAGCAGCAAAGGGCGCAGCAGCAGCAAGCGCAGCAAGAGCAAAAAGAGCAAAAAGAGCAAAAAAAGCAACAAGAGCAGCAGCAGCAGCAGCAGCAGCAGCAGCAGCAGCAGCAGCAGCAGCCUGAACAAAAUAAGCCUGAAAGUGCUGAGGGUUUGUGCAUGGACCUUAGAGAAGCGAGCAGCAACAGCAACAGCAAAAUCUCUUGUUUGCUGCUUAUAUGAGUACGCGCUGCUGCAGGUGCUGCCAUGGCGGUUGCUGCUGCUGCUGCAGAAGAGACUGCAGCAGCAGCAGCAACUGCAGCAGCUCGAUGGCCAAGGCCUUGCGCUAUUAGCCUUGUCGCUGUCUUUGCUGCAGCAGCGAGCAACGAAGAUAAUGAAGAGAAUAGGUUGUGUGCUGCAGCAGCGGCAGCAAAAGCUAGAACAGCAGCAGCAGCAACAGCAGCAGCAGCAGCAGCAGCAGCAGCAGCUAGCUGCUCCUAUAAGGAUGCAGCAAGGCCUAUCCUCUCAUAGUUUAUGUCUUGUGCUGCAUGCAGCAGCAAAACAACAAAUAAGAGAAAAAAUAAUUCUUAAUGUUGUCUGUAAACAUAUACAGAGUGGUGUGGUGGGGCGGGAGAGGCAAAAGGAUCUAUCUCCUUGUGAGAUUUCCUUGGGGGCCCUUGGGGCCUCCAAGGCAGCAGCAGCAGACAGACAAACCCUCAAAGCUCUCCUUAACCAAGCCCUCCACCUACGGCGUAGCUUCACUGGCCAGCAGCUCGUCAACCUCUUGGAUGGCGUUGUCCUCUCUGGGCAGGCAAGAGAGAGCGCUGACGCCCUCUCUGCUGCUCCUCGAUCUCUCCAACUAUUUAUUGAGUCACACCAAGACCCAUUCACCUCCACAGAGCCACAG